AAGAGGCUCCGAAUUGGAGACAUUCAGUUCUUGCAGCACAAACCUAAAGAGUGUAAGAUCCAGCCCAAUGGGUUCUUGGAACGCUUUUCGCUUCUCCCCUUUUCUCCUGUGGAGUCCAAGUCCAAGAGUGAGGCUGAUGUUCUUGUUACUGAUUCUACACUUGGGAAACUGUGUUGAUAAAGCAGAUGAUGAAGAUGAUGAGGAUUUAACUGUGAACAAAACUUGGGUGUUGGCACCAAAGAUUCACGAAGGAGACAUCACUCAGAUUCUCAAUUCAUUACUUCAAGGUUAUGACAACAAACUUCGCCCAGAUAUAGGAGUGAGGCCUACAGUAAUUGAAACUGAUGUUUAUGUAAACAGUAUUGGGCCAGUUGAUCCCAUAAACAUGGAAUACACGAUAGAUAUAAUUUUUGCCCAAACCUGGUUUGAUAGUCGUUUAAAAUUCAAUAGUACCAUAAAAGUACUUAUGCUUAAUAGCAAUAUGGUUGGGAAAAUUUGGAUUCCUGACACUUUCUUCAGAAACUCAAGAAAAUCUGAUGCUCAUUGGAUAACAACCCCUAAUCGUCUGCUUCGAAUUUGGAAUGAUGGGCGAGUUCUGUAUACUCUAAGAUUGACAAUUAAUGCAGAAUGUUAUCUUCAGCUUCAUAACUUUCCUAUGGAUGAACAUUCCUGCCCACUGGAAUUUUCAAGCUAUGGAUACCCUAAAAAUGAAAUUCAGUAUAAAUGGAAAAAGCCUUCUGUAGAAGUGGCUGAUCCUAAAUACUGGAGAUUAUAUCAAUUUGCAUUUGUAGGGUUAAGGAACUCAACUGAAAUCUCUCAUACAAUAUCUGGGGAUUACAUUAUUAUGACCAUUUUUUUUCACUUGAGCAGACGGAUGGGAUAUUUCACGAUUCAGACCUACAUUCCUUGUAUCCUGACGGUUGUUCUUUCUUGGGUGUCUUUUUGGAUCAAUAAAGAUGCAGUUCCUGCGAGAACCUCCCUAGGUAUCACGACCGUCCUGACCAUGACAACCUUGAGUACAAUUGCCAGGAAGUCAUUGCCUAAGGUUUCUUACGUGACUGCGAUGGAUCUCUUUGUUUCUGUUUGUUUCAUUUUCGUUUUUGCAGCCUUGAUGGAAUAUGGAGCCCUGCAUUAUUUCACCAGCAACAAAAAUGGAAAGGCUACAAGAGACAGAAAUAAAGCCUCAAUGUCCUCUGGCCUCCAACCGGGAUCCACGCUGAUUCCAAUGAAUAGCAUUGCCCUGCCCCCUGGGGAAGAGGACUCUGGGUGUCAGUGCCUGGAGGGCAAGGAUUGUGCCAGUUUCUUCUGCUGUUUUGAAGACUGUAGAACAGGGUCUUGGCGGGAAGGAAGGAUCCACAUCCGCAUCGCCAAAAUCGACUCUUAUUCUCGAAUAUUUUUCCCAACAGCUUUUGUCUUGUUCAAUCUAGUAUAUUGGGUUGGCUAUCUUUACUUAUAAGUCCAGCUUCACAGAUAAAGAUAUUAAGAAUCCUAACCAUAUCCAAUCAAAUCUAUUGUAAUUCAGUCAUAUGAAGUUCAAAAUACAGAGAAACCAGUGGUUAAGUGUGAAGAAUAUUCUAAGUAUUUAAAGUUUUCCAAGAUUUAUAAGUAGCAGCUUCUACAAUAAUUUACAUGAGUAUAUGUGAACCAGUAAAUGAAAAUACUAUUUUAUAUUUUUACUUUUUAAUUUUACUGAUAUUGUAUGAGGAUCAUGAAUGUGUCCAUUCUGUCAUCCUCAUUUUAAAGUGAGAAGGAUUUUAAUUCAACUUUAUUUAAAUAUAACCUACUAGUUUGUGUUUAUAA